GCUCGGCGGGGGAAGAUGGCGGUGGCUGUGCGGCUGGGCCGCUGUGGCAGUGCAGCUCUCCGCUUCUCCGGCACCGGGCGGUUUUUCAGCCGUGGGCCAAAUGUGCUGCAUCAGGACAACAAAGCCCCACAAGCUUCAUUCUUUUCACCUGUUCAAAAAGUGAUGUUGCCAGCAAAUUCCUUUCAAGGGAAAGUGGCCUUUAUAACUGGAGGAGGUACUGGGCUUGGCAAAGGGAUGACAACAGCUUUGUCCAGUUUAGGUGCCACGUGUGUUAUAGCAAGCCGGAAGCUUGAUGUUUUGAAAGGAACAGCAGAAGAAGUUUCUUCUAAAACAGGACAUAAGGUUCAUGCCAUCCAGUGUGAUGUGAGAGAUCCAGUUUCAGUUAAGAAUGCUGUUGCUGAAACAAUCCAAGUGGCAGGACAUCCUGAUGUUGUCAUAAACAAUGCAGCUGGAAACUUUAUUUCCCCCUCUGAGCGACUUUCUGUUAACGCAUGGAAAACAAUAACUGAUAUUGUGCUUAAUGGUACUGCUUUUGUAACUCUGGAGAUUGGAAAGGAGCUCAUUAAGGUUCAAAAAGGAGCAGCAUUCCUUGCUAUUACAACAAUUUAUGCAGAAAGCGGUUCAGGAUUUGUGUUGCCAAGUGCCUCUGCCAAAGCUGGCGUAGAAGCAAUGUGCAAGUCUCUUGCGGCUGAAUGGGGUAAAUAUGGCAUGAGAUUCAAUGUGAUUCAACCAGGUCCAAUAAAAACAAAGGGUGCUUUUAGUCGCCUUGACCCAACAGGUGCAUUUGAGAAGAAAAUUAUUGAGAGGAUUCCUUGUGGCCGUCUGGGAACUGUAGAAGAAAUUUCAAAUCUUGCUGCCUAUUUCUGCAGUGACUAUGCAAGCUGGGUUAAUGGAGCAGUUAUUAGAAUGGAUGGUGGAGAAUAUGUUUCUAUGGCAGGAGAAUUCAAUGAUUUGAAGAAGGUUACCAAAGAGCAGUGGGAUAUGAUGGAAGCAAUGAUUAGAAAAACAAAAGGCUCUUGAAGUAGGUGUCUCUGUGGUGGAGAUCUUUGGAAAUGAACCACUACUUUUUCAUUAAUAUUUAGAAAUAACCAAUGGAGAAGUAGCCUUUAAACUACUUCUUAUGCUGAUUUCAAUAAAAUAUUUUGAAAUUGCUACAUUUCAAAUAUAGUAUGUGUUUUUCUUGUCUGCAGUGUAAUUUGUUGUCAAUAGUGAGCAACAAUUCUUCACUGAAAUGCUAUUAUUCUUUAUAUUAUGUCUUAUAUAUCCAUAACAUGGUCUACAUUUGCUUUUCAAGUUUCAGAAUAUUUUUUUUGUUUGUUUCUCAGAUAUGUCUCAUAAUAUUGUAAUUCCAGUAGCUUUUCAAAACUGUCAUAGCUGAGUAUAAUUUUUAAUCUGAGGAAAAUCUUAGAAACUAAGCCUAAUAGUAGUACUAACCUUGCAAAUAAUACAUUUUCAAGUUAUCAGGCCUACAUAUGCUGACAUAGGAUUUAUCUCCUGUGGUUACUUGCAGAAUCUUGAAAAACAAAACCAUCUUGGUCUUAUCUUUUGCUGACAUUUCCAGUCUUUUAAUUAACUUACGCUGAACUUUAAAAAUGACAUUUAAGGACUAGCAGUGCCUUCCUAAGGAGCUUGGUCUUUGUCAUGGUUAACUUAAUGUUUUUGAAAAUGAGAAGCUAAAAAUCAUUUGCUGUUAAUGUGCCACUAGGGGAGUGUCUCUGUGAAAAUGGAUUUACUUAAAACUAGUAAAGGACAUCAUUAAAUGGGGACUGAAAGCAUUGAAACCUCGUUGUCUGAGACAGAAAUCCUUAGGUUUCAUUUGCAUUCACAAAUUGGUGCUAAAGUGUUAAGAUGGCAUUAUUCAAAGAUGUGUUUGUGAGCUGUGGUAUGAUGAAGUAUUUCUCUGUGGUAUUUAGUAGGGUAUCUUCUGGAGAUGGACUAUCAAUAAAACCAAGUUCCUGCUGGUCUCUUGCA